CCUCUUCUCUCCUUUCUAGUUUUCUCGGAGCUCUUCCGACUCAGGCCUUCGGAGUCCGAGGUCCCUGGACAAGGACGGGAUCUCUACUCGCGCCUCAACUUUCGAAGUCCCGCGCCCCAAGGCCUAGGCUCCACCAGGGAACUCGGGAUCCCGCGGACCCCAGGAGACCGCCGCCACUGCCCUGAGCCCUGAUGGGGGAGUGAGAGGCCACCCUGGCCGGACAUGGGCCUCCCCACCGUCCCUGGCCUGCUGCCGCCAUUGGUACUCCUCUCUGUCUUGGUGGAAAUAUAUCCCUCAGGGGUUGUUGGACUGGUCCCCCACCUUGGGGAACGAGAGAAGAGAGAUAAUCUGUGUCCCAAGGGGAAAUACAACCACCCUAAAAAUAGUUCCAUCUGCUGUACCAAGUGCCACAAAGGCACCUACCGGCACAGCGACUGCCCUGGCCCAGGGCUGGACACGGACUGCAGGGAGUGUGAAAUUGGUACCUUCACUGCUUUGGAGAACCACGUAGCACAAUGCUUCAGCUGCUCCACGUGCCGAAAAGAAAUGGACCAGGUGGAGCUCUCUCCUUGCACAGUGUCCGAGGACACCGUGUGCGGCUGUAGAGAGAACCAGUAUCGGCGUUAUCAGAGUCUCUCCCUUUUUCAGUGCCUUAACUGCAGCCUUUGCCCCAAUGGCACUGUGCGUAUUCCCUGCAAGGAAAAACAAGACACCGUGUGCACCUGCCAUGCAGGGUUCUUUCUAAAUGGAAAUGAGUGUAUCGCCUGUAGCAACUGUAGAAAUGACCAAGAUUGCGCAAAGCUGUGCCUGCCCCCAAGUGAAACUGUUAAGGGCUAUCAGGACACAGGCACCGCAGUGCUGUUGCCCUUGGUGAUCCUCUUUGGUCUUGGCCUUUUAUCCCUCUUCAUCUGUAUAAUGUGCCACUACCAACGGUGGAAGCCCAAGCUCUACUCCAUUGUUUGUGGGGAACCGACACCUGUAGAAGAGGGGGAGUUUGAAGGAGUUAUUACAAAGCCCCUAGACCCAGGGUACAGCUCCUCUUCAAGCUUCAGUCCCACCCCGGCGUUCAGUUCCACCCCGGCCUUCAGUCCCACCCCAGGCUUCACUCCCACCCCGGCCUUCAGUCCCACCCCGGGCUCCAACUUCUCCCCCCUGGGCUGGUCCAACUUAAGGAAUGCAUCACCUCCCAGAGAUGUGGCCCCACCCUUCCAGAAGGCUGGCCCCAUUCUCACCGCGGCCUCUGCCUCCACCCUUACACCCACCUCUCCUCAAAGCCCAGAUGCCGACCCAGCGAUGCUGUAUGCUGUGGUGGACCAUGUGCCCCCGACACGCUGGAAGGAGUUCAUACGGCGACUAGGGCUGAGGGAGCACGAGAUCGAGCGCCUGGAGCUUCAGAACGGACGCUGCCUGCGCGAAGCGCAGUACAGCAUGCUGGCAGCCUGGCGACAGCGGAUGCCACGACGCGAGGCCACGCUGGAGCUGCUGGGCAGCGUGCUUUGUGACAUGGACUUGCGCGGCUGCCUAGAGGACAUUGAGGAGGCACUGCGUGGCCCCGCCCCCCUCGCCCCAGUGCCCCUCCUCCCCCGAUGAGGCCACGCCUACUGUCUCCUGGGCGGGGCUUGCCCUUGUGACAGUUGCUUCCUGCCCAGGGGCGGCCUAGAAUGAUCCUGCAGGAAGGACAAUCCUACAGGCCCUCUUGACUCCUCUUUUUCCUGGAGAGGAAGGGCAUGGAGGAGCAGCCACGGGCUUGCAGCCACUUACUUGGUGCUACCCACUCCGUGUAUAUAGUUUUUCUCAGCGGUGUGUGUGCGAGAGGUGUGGUGCAUGUGUGAUCGUGAGGGUGAGAGUGUGCUGUGAACCCACGUGGGUGGUUGCAAGGAUAAAGGGCGCCAUACCUCAUACCCAGGUUGGGUGUGAAGGACCCAGCAUGGCUGCGUUAGGGACCCCUGAGCCUUUUCACAGUAGAUAAGCAAUUUUGUAUCAAUCAUGUUACUCUAAUAGAAACUUGGCACACCUUGCCCCCUGCCUGGACAAGCACAGAGUAAGCUGAAUUGUCUCAAGGCAGGACAAGCACAGAAAAAUGUGCUGGAGCUACGUAUGGAUUUUUGUAAAUACACUAAAACUGAGUUAAAACUG